CCCGAUUUGUAAUUUGCAAAAAUGAAUAGUAACGCGUGGCAUUAAUCUGUUCUCUCGUCCUAAUCUAACUCAUCAUCAGUCCUAGGGUCUAUAUAAACUAAACCUCAGUGUUCGGUUUGUUCUACACGCAUCUUCUUCGGAUAAACGAGAAUAUGUUACGGGGUUCUCAAAGUUGUGUUGUAUUAUUUGUAACUUUCUUGUUGGCCUUAAGUUCCCAAAGCUUAGAAGGUCGCGAAAAUGGAGUGAAAACUAAAGUCUUUCUAUCACCUAAGAUUGUUCUAGGUCCCGGGUCAGUGGCUAACAAAUGGUUUUACAAUAUUGACUUUCCAAGAGGUCAUGUUGCAAUCAAGAAUUUUAAUGCUGAAGUAGUUGAUGAAUCCGGCAACUCUGUUCCCCUUCAUGAGACCUAUCUUCACCACUGGGUUGCUGUUAGAUACUAUGAGCGUAAAGGAACUGACGUUUCCAAGCACAGCGAAAGUUCUGGUUUCUCCCAGUCAAAUUAUAUAAUUGCAAGAAAUGCUGGAAUUUGCAGUUAUAAUGGUCUACCACAAUAUUUUGGCCUUGGGUCUGAAACACGAAAAACAGCCACACAUAUCCCAGAUCCUUAUGCGAUUGAGAUUGGCAACCCUGCAGAAAUUCCUGAUGGCUAUGAGGAAAAAUGGUUGCUUAAUGUUCAUGCUAUUGAUACUCGGGGUGCAGCAGAGAGAUUAGGAUGUACUGAGUGCAGGUGCGAUCUAUACAAUGUUACUUUAAAUGAAUAUAACCAACCUUUGGAACCAGAUUAUAUAGGAGGAUUAUAUUGUUGCUAUGAUAAGACACAAUGUCGGCUUAAACAAGGAUUUGAGAGUCCUAGGAGAGACCUCUACAUGAGGUACACUGUGUCGUGGGUUGAUUGGGAAGACUCCAUUCUACCUCUUAAGAUUUAUAUAUUUGAUAUUACUGAUACGUGGAAAAAGCCUGAAGAUUCAAAGAUGGCCCCGAGCACAAACCAUGAUUGCCACGUUGAGUAUACUGUUGAGGCUUGUGCCACAGAUACGAAUAAAGAGGCAUGUGUUGAUUCUAGACAGAUAAGUGUGGUUAUGCCAACUGGUGGUGAUGUUAUCUAUGGUGUUGCACACCAGCAUACUGGGGGCAUUGGUUCCACUCUUUAUGGAGAGGAUGGACGAGUAAUAUGCUCAUCGAUACCAACUUAUGGAGAAGGAAAGGAAGCUGGUAAUGAGGCUGGCUACAUUGUAGGAAUGUCCACCUGUUAUCCGAAGCCAGGCUCAGUUAGGAUUGCAGAUGGGGAAACUCUAUAUUUGGUAUCCAAUUACAGCAGUUCCCAAAGACACACUGGAGUUAUGGGGCUCUUUUACAUUUUGGUUGCAGAGCCAUUACCAAAUACAAAGUCUUUCACGCAGGCUGCAAUUGAGAUGCACGGGGAAACAGAAAAGAGCAGCUUGGUUCAGGUAGGGGUUCUGUUUGGAGUGGGAAUAGCUAUGGCCAUUGUUUUCGUCGGUUACAGAAAACUCAGAAGCCCACGAGAAGAUGGAUAUGCGCCAAUAGUGAUAAGAGUAAAUAUGUUAGGGGGUGCUCAAAGUUGUUUAACAUUGAUUGUGACUUUCUUGUUGGCCUUAUGUUUCAAAAGUUUGGAAGCUCGCGAAAAUGGAGUGAGAACUAAAGUUUUCUUAUCACCUAAGAUUGUUCUAGGUGCAGGAUCAGUGGCUAACAAAUGGUUCUACGAUAUCGACUUCCCAAGAGGUCAUGUUGCAAUCAAGGAUUUCAGUGCUGAAGUAGUUGAUGACGCAGGGAACUCUGUUCCCCUUCACGAGACCUACCUUCACCACUGGGUUGCUGUGAGAUACUAUGAGCGUAAAGGAACUGACGUUUCCAAGCAUAGUCAAAGUCCCGGUUUACACCAGGCAAAUUUUUUAGUUGCAAGAAAUGCUGGAAUUUGCAAUCAUGGUCUUAUACAGUAUUUUGGCCUAGGAUCUGAAACACGGAAAACAGCCACAUAUAUCCCAGAUCCUUAUGGAAUUGAAAUUGGAAACCCCGCUGAAAUUCCUGAUGGCUAUGAGGAGAAAUGGUUGCUUAAUGUUCAUGCUAUUGAUACUCGGGGUGCAGCACAGAGAUUAGGAUGCACUGAGUGCAGGUGCGAUCUAUACAAUGUUACUGUAGAUGAAUAUAACCAGCCUCUGAAACCUGAUUAUAUAGGUGGAUUAUAUUGUUGCUACGAUAAGACACAAUGCCUGCUUAAACAAGGAUUUGAGAGUCCUAGGAGAAACCUCUACAUGAGGUACACCGUGAAGUGGGUUGAUUGGAGAAACUCCAUUUCACCUCUUAAGAUUUAUAUAUUUGAUGUUACUGAUACUUGGGAAAAGUCUGAUAAAUCGAAGAAGGCACUCAGCACAAACCAUCAUUGCCAUAUUGAGUAUACUGUCGAGGCUUGUGCCACAGAUAUGAAUAAAGAGGCCUGCGUUGAUUAUAGACGGAUAAGCGUGGUUAUGCCAACUGGUGGUGAUGUCAUCUAUGGCGUUGCACACCAGCAUACUGGGGGAAUCGGUUCCGCUCUUUAUGGAGAGGAUGGACGAGUGAUCUGUUCAUCGACACCAACUUAUGGAGAAGGAAAGGAAGCUGGUAAUGAGGCUGGCUACAUUGUGGGAAUGUCCACCUGUUAUCCGAAGCCAGGCUCAGUUAGGAUUGCAGAUGGGGAAACUCUAUAUUUGGUAUCCAAUUACAGCAGUGCCCAAAGACACACUGGAGUUAUGGGGCUCUUCUACAUUUUGGUUGCAGAACCAUUACCAAAUACAAAGUCUUCCAUGCAGGCUGCAGUUGAGAUCCACGGAGAAACAGAAAAGAGCACGUUUGUUUGGGUAGGAGUUCUCUUUGGUGUGGGAAUAGCUAUGGCCAUUGUUUUUGUCGGUUAUAGAAAACUCAGAAGCCCAAGAGAAGAUGAAUAUGCACCAAUAGUCAUAUGAUCUUGUAUUUAUCUACCAUGUAAGGCUAUGUAAUGUACCAAAGAUGCAAUUAGUAAGUGAGGAUCGUUAUGAACUGAAUGCAAUGAGGGUGCAUGGAUCCAGAGAUUU